GGUGGUGUGUAAAUUUAAGAUACUUGUGUAGAAAAGAUGAUAUACAUUGAACGUAUCCAGAGUGUGAUAAUGUCUUUAAAUACUUUUUAUCAUACUUCUUGAGAAAACGUUUAAAAGAUAAUUGAAAUAAACUUUUGCCAUGCAAGAUUAAAUGAAGUGUGAAAUGUAUCAAACUUUUUCUUCUUAAUGUAGCUUAUUGACCGGAACAUUUAGUAUUGGGUACUUAAGAUAAUACGUUGCCGGUUUCAACAUACUUACAUACGCCGGGAAGGAAGUGAGAACAAUUGGGUUGUUAAUGGGGAAAAAGAUACAAAUAACACAUGUACAUGUUGUAGCCUACUGUGAUUUCAAAAGUUGUGAUUUGAUAUACGCUACAAGGAAAAAUAAUUGAAAAAGUAAAAAGUUUGUCUGGAAUAUUAAAAAAUAUGGAAAGUUUUGCCACUUUUCUUCUUCUCAUACUGAUUUUGAUAUUAUCGUUAAUUUGUUACCUGUGGAUAAAGCAGAACAAUUCAAACAUUCCCGGUCCAACUGGAUUACCUUUCCUUGGUUCUGUUUUCUCUGUGAAUCCGGAGAAAAUGCAUCUUAGUUUCUACAAGUGGGCUUUGAAAUAUGGGACUAUCUUCAAAAUUAGAAUAUGUGGAAAGACAAUUAUUGUUUUAAAUGAUUUUGAUCUAGUUCGAAAAGUGUUUGCGGAAAAAGAACAAAUUGAAUAUUUUAAUGAUCGAUCUGAAACGUUUGUUGGAAAGUUUGCGGUGUAUGAAACAUCAGAUAUCGUUCUUUCUCUCAAUAACAAUCAGAAGUUUGUGCUGCUGAAAAGACUUCUUCAGAAAUGUCUCAAGCGCCAAAGCCAGACAGGCGGAUUCCGAAACAGCUUUAAUGAGGAGAUGGAAAGGCUUGUGGAGAAGAUUGAGCAAUAUGAUGGAAAAGAAUUUGAACUUAAACCAUUUAUUCGACAUUCACUAGCCAAUCUUGUUUCUAUUUUGAUGUCAGGCGAAGGGGUUGAUGGCGAAACAAGUAAGCGUUUAUGGGAAUUUAAUGAUAACACAUUUUAUUUAUUGGAAACCUCGGUCAAUUUGUUUCUAACAACGUUUCCCUUUGCAAGACAUUUGCCUGGUAAACUUGGAGCAGUAUAUAAAACAAUGAUGUCGUCCAGAGAUUGGGUAAUUAAUACGUAUUUUAACCAAUGUAAGUCAGACAGUGAAGCAGAAAGUGACAAGGGACUAGUCUAUGCCCUACUUAGACAACAAUCAGAUGUCAAUAAUGAGAGAGGAUACACUUUUAUCACAGAUGACAAUAUAAAAGGAAUAAUUCUAGAUCUUAUUGUCGCAGCUAUGAAAUCUACAAACUCCGCGGUUUCCGCUUGCUUUUUACUGUUGCUGAAUCAUCCGGAGAAUAUUUCAAUUAUUCAAAAUGAAAUCGACGAAGUUGUUGGUCAAGCUCGCGUGCCAGAAGAAGAAGAUCAAAGGAAAAUGCCAUUUUGCAGGGCGGUGGUGUACGAAGUGCUUAGAUACACUUCUUUCGGAAGUCUUGGCCUUCCUCAUUCAGUGACAAAAGAUUACACAUUAGAUACUUACCACUUUAGGAAAAAUGAUAUUUUUCUAUCAAACAUUUGGUAUAUACAUCAUGAUCCGCAUUUCUGGGACGAACCUUGGGAAUUCCGUCCUAGUAGGUUCCUAGAUGAUGAUGGUGCCCUUUUACAAGCCAACCACGAAAAGAUGAGGAGAAUUGCAACGUUCUCCGUCGGACGACGAGUUUGUGCAGGAAAGGACAUUGCUUUUAAUAGAAUGUUUCUCUACUUGACAAACAUUUUGCAGAGGUUUUCACUUCUCCCCCCGGAAUUUAGUACUUUACCAAGCGCUGAUCCGAGAGGAUACGUCCCUGGACUUUUUCUAGAACCGAAACCAUUUGCGUGCAAGCUAAUCAGGAGAUGUGAUGUACAGAUAUAAUAAAUGCGGAAAAACACCUCCAACAUUUUUGUUUUAGGUGUGGUGCUUAUCAUUUUAACAAAUACAUUUUGACAUAAAAAAUUGUGUAUGCUAUAUAUAAAGUAUUGAUUAUGCAUAGUUUACUAAUCAGAUGUAUGAAAGAUAAACUCCCCUCUGUGGUAAAUGGAAAUUUUGUACAUAAAUUUACAUGUAUACUUUAAACCAUUUUUUUUUCUGAUAUCAUUUGAUAUAUUGCCUGACAGAACAAAAGCAAAAAAAAAUUGUGUGCACGCGUGGUUACAGGAGUGCGUCUCCACAUGUGUACCACAAUACUGAUGUGUGUAUUUAAUUGGAUAACAAUAUCUGCAUAAUGUUACAGGAAAAGAAAAUGCGUAAAUUUAGUAAUUAAGUCAGCUUGGGAUUUAAGAGUACGAUUCUUUCUCAUUUUUAUAUAAAUAAAUAUCAUGCACGUGCAUUCUAGAUAAGUAAGAAAUAUGUAUGCAUAUUUUGAUACAAUGCUGAAUUUAAUUGCUUAACAUUUAUUUAAACUUGUUUCUGCGCGAUUAAUACAUAGUACAAAUGUAGAAUCCACUGCGUUUCAUGAACUGACUCAAUCAAACCGAGUCUGCUAUUAUAGUGCUUGAUUACAUUCAAUGCUUCCAAAGGAUCUUCAUAUAGAGUUUAUUACAUGUUUUUGUAUUUUCGCUAAAUAUUUCAACGUUUAUACUGAUCGACAGGAUUUAUGGUUAUGUGCAUUUAUGAUACGUGAGAGAUUUGUAUGCAUAUUUUCAUACCAGUUGUAUUUAAUGGCUUGAUAAAAUUUCGACGCUCGAUUUGUAAUGAUCAGGCAAUUAAUAUGCUUAAACAUAUAAAUAUUCUUUAAUAAAAUUAUAAGUAACUAAG